UUCCAUUCAGACCACGCUUCAUUCAUGUCCACGUGUUGUCGCCCUCUCUGUUUCUGUCAGAUUUCAAAUCCUCAAUUCUGCUAGUGUUAAAUUGAACAGUAUCAAUACAGUAUAUAUCCUAUCGCCACUACACAGCAGGGAAAUCUUUCUUUUUUUAUUACACCUAUAACCCCAAUAAUACAUUUCCUUGCAUCCCAGUUCUUGAUUUCACAUUCCCGUUCUGAUCAAGAAUUCUGCUCUUGUCCCGACAACGUGGGACAUGAUUCUUGAUCACGACCAAUGAAACAGGAGUUUCGUUUGAUCGUUUUUUGAUCAUCACACAAAAUGGGGAUUCUUGAUAGUUUGUUGGGAAUGGUUGGAUUUGGAAUCGGAAUACCGAUUGGUCUUUUUCUGGGAUUCUUCAUGUUCAUAUACUUUCGACCCAGAAAUGUUAAGAAGGAAGGUGUUACGAGGUCACUCAAUAGUAUUGACUCAAACUCUAUGAUAGAUAUCGUCCCUGAACUUCCAUUGUGGGUGAUGAAUCCAGAUUACGAGAGAGUUGAUUGGUUAAACAAGUUUAUCAUUGAUAUGUGGCCGUACUUUGAUAAGGCUGCAUGUGGGAUUAUAAAAACCACAAUGGACGAUCUCUUUGCUGAGUAUGUUGGCAAAUAUCAGAUAAAAUCUAUUUGUUUUCAGCGCCUUACUCUUGGAGACUUACCUCCCACAAUUCAUGGCCUGAAGACCCAAGAUUCUAAAGAGAAUGAACUAGUUCUUGAUCUUUCACUGAGAUGGGCUGGAAAUGCUGACAUUUGUUUGGCAAUCAAACUGUUGUGUCUGCAACUGACGGUCCAGAUGGUGGACAUUCAAGCAUCAGCAGCAGUCAGGAUGGUUUUAAGACCUUUCGUACCAACAUUCCCAUGUUUCUCAAGCGUUGCUGUUUCAUUGAUGGAGAAGGUAAACAAUUCAAAUAUUUCCGCUUCCAGGUUUCUGAUUUCUUCGGAAGAACUAUUGUACACACUUGAUAUACUCUUUGCAAGAUUGCAGCCAAAGAUAGACUUUGGACUAAGAGUCAUGGGAGGAGAUAUUAUGUCGAUACCUGGCCUCUACCAGCUUGUCCAGGAAGUUAUUGCAAAACAAGUUGCCAAGCUUUAUCUCUGGCCCCAAACGUAUGACCUAGAUAUCCUUGAUAGUUCAAUAGGAGCAGCAAAGAAGCCUGUCGGAAUAUUGAACGUUAAGGUUGUAAGAGCACACAAACUCUUGAAAAUGGAUUUCCUGGGUGCAUCUGACCCCUACGUCAAACUCAGCCUUACUGGGGAAAGGCUUCCAGCAAAGAAGACUUCAGUCGUAAUGAACAGUUUGAACCCUGUAUGGUGCGAGGACUUCAAGCUGAUCGUGAAGGAUCCAGAGUCUCAAGUUCUCCAAUUGCAACUGUAUGACUGGGAAAAGGUCGGUGCUCAUGAUUAUCUUGGGAUGCAAGUGGUUCCUCUGAAUGAGCUCAUCCCGUACAAGAAGCAAGAAUUCACCCUUGAUCUGCUACACAGCAUGCAUCCGGACGACCCUCAUAACAAGAAGCCACGAGGCAGUAUCCUAGUGGAAAUGACCUUUGUUCCUUUCCUGGAAGACAGCCUAAAAUACAGUGGAAGAAUAGAUGUUGCAGGGAAUGGAAGUUGUAACAAUUUUCAUGGAAACAUCUCAUUAAGUGGAUCAGGUUUGCUUCUGGUUGCCGUCAUAGAAGCAAAGGACGUUGAAGGGAAGAAGAACCACGUUAGUCCUUAUGCCACAAUCCUCUUCAGAGGAGACAAGAGAAAAACUAAGUCUAUCAAGAAUACUCGGAACCCGGUUUGGAACGAAGAAUUUCAGUUCUUAUUAGACGAAGCUCCCGUUAAGGACAAAAUACACAUCGAAGUGAUUGCUAAGAGGAGACGACGCUUGGGAUUUAUGACCAAGGAGUCGCUGGGGUAUGUAGAUAUUAAUCUGGCUGAUGUAGUCUACAAUGGGCAUAUCAAUGAGAAGUACAGUCUUAUCAACUCCAGAGAUGGAAGUAUACACUUGGUUAUAAGGUGGAAGGUGAUAUGACUCUCACUGCUGUCUGUUGAGUUAUGGCAUCAGAAUUCCAUGUUUCUUUUUAUUACAUUUGUGUUCGAAAAGCACACACAAAGGCAAAUCAACUGUAGCAGUAGCAACAGAGAUGUAAAAAUUUCUUUUAUUGCAGUUAACAGAAUACAAAAACACUCCAUGAAAGGGAGAGUCUGUUCUUGCGGUUUAGCUUUUACUAUACUUGUAAAAACAACUAAGCAUGAUUGAGGUACAAAUAUAUUAAAUAUAUUUUUUUAUUUUUAUCCCAA